AAACGGAAAGCAAAGGGGAGAUAAUAGGAGGGAGAAAGAGAGCGAGCUGGAUUCACAUGCUCUUGUUCCUUUCUCUCUCUUCCCUUUUUCUUCUUUCUCAUCUUGCGGCUUCUCUCUCUCUCUCUCUCUCUCUCUCCUCUCUCUCCACCAUGAUCAUCAUUACCAACCAAACUGAUUGAAACUCAUUUGUUCUCUCUCUCUCUCUCUCUCAAAUCCACUCCCUCUCUCUUUCUCUCUUUAUCUUCUCUCUUCUUCUGUGUCUCUCUAUCUAUCACCAUGGCUGACGAUAAGGAGAUGCCUGAUGCUGUAGUUGAUGGCGGACAUGAUCAAGUCACUGGUCAUAUAAUUUCCACCACAAUCGGAGGCAAAAAUGGUGAACCAAAACAGACAAUUAGUUACAUGGCGGAGCGAGUUGUAGGUACAGGCUCGUUCGGAAUAGUUUUCCAAGCUAAGUGUUUGGAGACUGGAGAAACCGUGGCGAUAAAGAAGGUUUUGCAAGACAGAAGAUACAAGAACCGAGAACUUCAGUUGAUGCGUGUCAUGGAUCAUCCAAAUGUAGUUUGUUUGAAGCAUUGCUUCUUUUCGACCACAAGUAAAGAUGAGCUAUUCCUUAAUUUGGUUAUGGAGUAUGUCCCUGAGAGCUUGUAUCGAGUUCUUAAACAUUAUAGCAGUGCUAACCAAAGAAUGCCGCUUGUUUAUGUUAAACUCUACAUGUACCAGAUCUUCAGGGGACUUGCCUACACUCACAACGUUGCUGGAGUUUGUCACAGAGAUCUAAAGCCUCAAAAUCUGCUGGUUGAUCCUCUUACUCAUCAAGUCAAGAUCUGUGACUUUGGCAGUGCCAAACAGCUGGUUAAAGGCGAAGCCAACAUAUCUUACAUCUGUUCACGAUUCUACCGUGCACCUGAACUCAUAUUUGGUGCCACGGAGUACACAACUUCAAUUGAUAUUUGGUCUGCUGGUUGUGUUCUUGCUGAGCUUCUUCUUGGUCAGCCGUUGUUCCCUGGAGAAAAUGCUGUGGAUCAGCUCGUUGAAAUUAUAAAGGUUCUUGGUACACCAACUCGAGAAGAGAUCCGUUGUAUGAAUCCACAUUACACAGAUUUUAGGUUUCCACAAAUAAAGGCACACCCUUGGCACAAGAUCUUCCACAAAAGGAUGCCUCCAGAAGCGAUUGAUUUUGCAUCAAGGCUGCUUCAAUAUUCUCCAAGUCUUAGAUGCACCGCGCUCGAAGCUUGUGCACAUCCGUUCUUUGAUGAACUUAGAGAACCAAACGCGCGUUUACCAAAUGGACGGCCAUUCCCGCCUCUCUUCAACUUCAAACAAGAGGUAGCUGGAGCAUCACCUGAACUGGUCAACAAGUUGAUUCCAGACCAUAUCAAGAGACAAUUGGGUCUUAGUUUCUUGAGUCAAUCUGGAACAUAAAAAGAAUCUGCAAAAGACAAACAACUUUAUAUAUAUAAUGUACCAUUACACGAGCCAGAAGGUAGUAGUAGUUGAAGAUAAUGCGGAGGACACAAUUCGAAGUUUUACCUC